AUGCAGACUUUCAGAAACCAAAACGGAGGGACGCUGAUAACGGGAAACACCACCAAGGUGAGGGAAUUCCUCCUGCUGAGAUUCUCGGAGGUCCGGGAGCUGCAGCUGGUCCAGGCCGCGCUGUUCCUCCUGGUCUACCUGGCGGCCCUGACGGGGAACCUCCUCAUUGUCGCCAUCACUGCGCUCGACCGGCGCCUCCGCACGCCCAUGUACUUCUUCCUCAGGAACCUGUCCGUCCUCGACCUCUGCUUCAUCUCCGUCACCGUCCCCAAAUCCAUCCACAACUCCCUGAUCAAUGGCAGAGCCAUCUCUCUCUGGGGCUGCAUGGCUCAGGUGGUUAUAGUGAUUUCGUUUGCUUUCUCGGAGCUGUCCCUCCUCACGGCAAUGUCCUACGACCGCUACGCGGCCAUCUGCCUCUCCCGGGGCUACGGGGUCAUCAUGGACCCAGGGGCCUGCGGGAAGAUGGCGGCUGCCUCCUGGCUCGGCGGGGGCCUGUUAGGGGUGAUGUACACAGCCGGGACGUUAAAACUGAGCUUCUGUGGCUCUAACCUGGUCCAGCAGUUCUUCUGCGACAUCCCUUCCCUACUGAAGAUCUCCUGUUCCGAAACGCAUGUCGUCAUCGACGUCAGCAUAGCAACGGCAUUCGGCUUGGCUUUCAUCUCCUUCGUCCUCAUCGUCGUCUCGUACGUGCGCAUCUUCCGGGCCGUGCGGAGGAUACCGGCCUCCGAGGGCCGGGCCAAAGCCUUCUCCACCUGUCUACCCCACCUCGUCGUCCCCACCAUCUUCCUCUCGACCGGCGCCGUGGCCUACCUCAAGCCCACGUCUGACUCCCCCUCGACCCUAGACCUGCUGGUGUCCGUUUUCUACACCACGGUGCCCCCCGGACUGAACCCCUUCAUCUACAGCCUGAGGAACCGGGACAUGAAAGCCUCCCUGGAGAGGGUCCUGAGGGGGCUUACGUUCCUCCAGAAUGAAGAUCCCCUCUUUUUAACCUCACUCACCCUUCUUGACCGGCGCCUCCAGACCCCCAUGUACUCCUUCCUCAGGAACCUGUCCGUCAUCAACCUCUGCUACACCUCCGUCACCAUCCCCAAAUCCAUCCUCGAUGCCCUGAUCAACAACAGUUCCAUCUAUUUCAGAAACUGUGUUUCCCAGGUCUUUUUAGUGGAUCUGUUUGUCGCUUUGGAGAUGUCCUUCCUCGCGGUGAUGUCCUCCGACCGCUACGCGGCCAUCUGCCUCCCCCUCCGCUACAGCCUCAUCAUGGACCGACCUAAGGAGCCGGGACAUAAAGGCCGCCUUGAGGAAAAUCUGUGGCUGAAACCCAUCUCUCUCGUUCGGUCUUCCCUCUGCGUCUACUCUGAAAUUGGCUGUCACGGCCCGGAAGAUCCGUGCGUACGAGACUGCGAUGGAGAUGAAAGAGCUGUAAGAAAAGAUGCCGCCAAAGGCGACACUGGUAUCGAUGACGACGGGCGACCCAGAACAAGAGAUCUUCCGGAGGGAGUGGACAUCACAAAGAACUACUGGACUUCGAGGAGUCCAUAG